AUGUCUGCGGAAGACAUCCAGAUCCUCCGCGAUCUUUCGGCGCGCUACGGUACAAACAGCCUCACUUACACACUGCGAAACAUCACCUCUCCGGCUCCAACAUCAGCUCCAGCCCGCCCCCCCCUUCGCAGCUCUGCUCUCUCUACAACAACCUUUGGCUCCAAUGCGCCUUCACUGACAUCAUCCGGCCCCUGGUCUACCUCGUCGGCCUCCGUCUGUGAUGAUGCUGCCUCCAUGUCUGGCUCCUUCUUCUCCCCAGCCUGGGAUUCUGAGCCCGCCUUCCUCCUCUCCCCCGACACACCCUCGCUCUCCGGGUCGGAUUGGCUCGACAGCACCCAGAUCUCUCCAUGUACCAAGACCUGCCCUCAAAGGUCGGCCGCGCGCAAGCCGAUAGAGUGCCCCAUGUGCGCCGUCUACGAUGUACACGUCGGCUUCGGCCGCAAGUCGGACUUCAAGAAGCACCUCCUCACUUUCCAUCACGCAAACGCCCUCUGGGUAUGCCCCCACCCGUGCUGCCGUAUGGUAUUCGACUUUGAAAAGGCAUACAUCGCUCAUUUCAAUUCCGAGCACGGCGAUAACUGCCCCCCGCCAGACACCACAAAACAGGAUCUUUGCCCGCAGGUCGUCUUCGCAUGCGGCUUCAUCGGCUGCAAGGAAGUCUUUGAAUCAACCUCCGACGUCGAUGCUUCCUCCACGGCAGAGACAUUCUUCGACCACCUCGCAGGCCACUUUGACAAGCGCAGCGCCGCCUCGGAGUGGACCUAUUAUCAUCAGGUCCAGAACCUCUUGCGCCAGAGAAGUCUGAAGGACGAGUGGAAGCACACUCUAUGGGACAAGUCGGCUCGUAACCAGCUGCGCUGGCAGCCCAGAAGCUCCGGUGACCUCAAGAAGCUCCUCGAGUGCAGACACCUACUUGACGUCCCUCGCAUCCUCCACGCGGCCUGGACACUCGGUCAGACCUCCUUCUCCUCCCCGGAGCACCCCGCCCCCGAGUUUCCAGGCGUCGCAAACCGUCCUCUCCUGCAUACCUGCGCCUUCUCCUCCAAGGGCCACUCUGAGCUUCAAGUCACGCAACAACUAUCUACGACCGGCCCGCAGACCCUCUUCACCCUGCGUCGCUUCCUCUUCCCCGUCAACCACGCCACCGUCUCCCACCCGCCGCCGCGCUCCAUUCCCGAAGAGCCCGAUUCCCUGGAAUAUCCUCAUCCUGGCACGCCUAUGGUCCUCCCCGAGCGGGACGACUGGUCUGCCAACGUCGUUCUCGGGCCCCCUGAGGACGAGCAGCUUUUCGACCCUAUGCUCUACCCCUCUCCUCCCAUUCAUGAAAACCCUAUCGCGCCCUGGAAUCAGAGCAUGGGUGACCUCAGUCCGACAGCAGACAGUGAAGGCUCCUCUGGGCCGCUGCUGCAGGUUCCUCCGACGGCGACGACGACGAAGCAGAAGCGCCAUCUCAGCUGGGGCAAGCGCAGUCUCGAGAACCUGAGGCUCAAGAAAAGGGGUGGCGCCGAGGACCGCGGCGCAGCGUUGCCUGCGUGGAUCUGA